CAGACUUUUUUCAUUAGAGUUUGCUUUGGACUCUAUUUUGUUUAAAUUUAUUAUUUCUAUAUAUUCUCUAGUAGUCUUCGUUUGAAGCACGGAAAUAUCAUGCUCUUCAGCCCUUCGCUCUCGGUAGCAAUCCUGGGAGGAUUCAGCCUUAUAUCUAAUGCAUACUCUUCCCCUCUUCUACCCUCGGGCCAAUCCCUCACUAAGAGAAUAUCAUACGAUGGCUCUACUAGUAUCACACUUGCCCUAAACACGGAUUUCCCGGACCCGGCUUUCGUUCAACACACGGAUGGAUCAUGGUAUGCCUACGCAACGAACGGUAAUGGCAAAAGAAUACAAGUCGCUCAUUCGACUGAUUUCGAGUCUUGGAGUUUACUGAAUGUGGAAGCACUUCCCACAUUAUCGGGAUGGGAGAGUGAACCAGAUCACUGGGCACCUGAUGUGUUUCGAAGAUCUGACGGAAAAUACGUCAUGUACUACUCGGCCGUCGUCCAAUCGAACCCUAACCGCCACUGCAUCGGCGUCGCAAUAGCCGACAGUAACAACCCUGCGGGUCCCUACAUUCCAACCUCCACCAACCCACUCGCAUGCCCACUUGACCAGGGUGGCGCAAUCGACGCCAGCAGUUUCCAAGACUCGGACGGCACGCGCUACAUAUUGUACAAAAUUGACGGAAACAGCAUUGGCCACGGCGGGGACUGCAAUAACAGUGUUGAACCACUUGCUGCGACGCCAAUUAUGCUCCAGCGGGUGUCGGAAGAUGGGAUUACGCCUAUUGGAAAUCCAGUGCAGCUUAUCGAUCGAGACGCAUCAGAUGGCCCGUUAGUCGAAGCGCCCUCCUUGUUAAAAGCAGGUGACGGGACGUAUUUGCUAUUUUAUUCGACCCAUUGUUUUACUGAUGUCAAGUAUGAUGUGCGUGUUGCGACUGCUUCCUCUAUCACGGGGCCGUAUAAAAAGGAUGCCGUUUCGUUGUUGGCUUCCAGUGACGAGCUAUACGGACCUGGUGGUGGUACUAUUUCGAAUCAUGGGAAUAUGCUCUUUCAUGGCUGGUGCAAUGGAAACAGCGCUAGGUGUAUGUACGCUGCACAUGUCGACGUUAGCGGAGCAAGUGUUUUCGUCGAAUAG